AGAUCUAUAUAACCAACUGUCUACAUCACAAAAAUUAUAUAGGUGAAUAUGCUGAUGAUAUCAAAACACAAUAGUAACGUGUUGUGACCGUUAUAAAAAUGAUGAAAAGUGUUGAUGUGACAUGCUUAUAUUAAACACUACAAAUAAAGUUGUUAUUUAGAAAUCUACUUGAUUGAAAACUAAUUACAGUGAAAUUAUAUAUGUAACGUAUUAGAGGUUAUAAUUAUUAUUUUUUUCAUAUCAAUUUUCAAUGAUGUCACGUGAGGCUACUAUUAAUUUUUUAACAUUAAAUUGUUGGGGUAUUCCAUAUGUUUCAAAAAAUAAAAAAAUUCGUAUGGAAGCAAUUGCUGAAAAGCUUUCUACUGAAGAAUAUGAUAUAAUAUCAUUACAAGAAGUUUGGUCUAUUGAUGACUUUCAAAUGAUUAAAACUAAAGUACAAGAAAAACUUCCAUAUUCGCAUUAUUUUCAUAGCGGUGUUCUAGGAUCUGGGGUUUGUAUCUUCUCUAAAUAUUGUAUUGAAGAUGUAAUGUUUCAUAGGUGGCCUUUAAAUGGCUAUUUUCACAAAAUACAUCAUGGUGAUUGGUUUGGUGGUAAAGGUGUUGGCCUUUGUAAGAUAAAAGUUGAGGAUAUCAAUGUCAAUAUUUAUGCUGCACAUUUACAUGCAGAAUAUAAUAAAGAACACGAUGAGUAUGCAUCACAUAGAGUUUUGCAAGCAUUUGAUACAGCACAAUUUAUUAGAAUGACAAGCGGUGGUUCAGAUGCUGUGAUAUUAGGUGGUGAUCUUAAUGCUGAGCCACAAGAUUUAGCUUAUAGAAUUAUAUGCGGCGUUGCUGGCUUAGCAGAUGCUUGCUCAAAUAACUUCACUAAUAUUGGGACCAAUGAAUGUGCCAAAAAUAGUUAUACAAGUACAAGAAUUGCAAGAAAGUAUCCAGAAGGAAAACGCAUAGACCAUAUUUUAUAUUUAUGUUCGCCAAAUUUUAAGGUUAACGUAACAAAUUAUCAACAACCUUUUCCUGAAAGAGUACCUAAUAAAAAUUGUAGUUAUUCAGAUCAUGAGGCUAUUAUGGCAAGUUUGAAAUUAACAGAUGGCAUGUAUAAAAUUGAUAAUAUUGAUAUAAGAGAAUCCUUACAAGAAGCAAUUAGAAUAUGUGAAUCUGCCAUGAUAUCUGUACGUUAUCAGUGUUUCUGGUAUUUACUAGCUGUGUUUUUACUUAUUGUACCUAUAAUUUGGUCAAUGGGAUUAGAUUCUACUACUACAUCCAUAGGUAUAUGUAUAGGUCUUAAUAUAGGUCGCUUAGUUUUGACUGCAUUACUGUGUUAUGCUUUAUUUAUGAGUUUUAUAUGGAAUAGUGUAGAAAGGAAUGCUCUGAAAGCAGGUUGUUUAGCAAUGAAGAUUCAUUUAAUUCAAUUAACUAAUAGAUUAUCUAACUAAAACAUUUGCAUAUAUUUUAUAUUUUUACUAAUUCAAAGGCUGUACUAAUGAUAUAAUCAAAGAAAAAUUAAUAUUAAUAUAAAAUAUAUUUUUAACGUAUAUAAGUACACCAUACACAUUUUUGACAAUAAAUAAAAGUAUACAUUUCUAAAUUACCAUUAUAUACCAUCUUAUAGUAUGUUUUAUAUGAUAACUGUCAUUUUUAUUAGACUAUUCGAUAAUAUAUCUUAUUUUGUUUAGAUAUAUGCUAUAUUGCUGAGUUUGAUAAUAUAUAUAUAUAAUAUAUAAAAGUAUAAUUAAUAAUAAUAAUUAAAUAAAUUGUGUGUGUGUAUGUGUGGUAAGAUAAAGUCUAACUAAGAUGAUUAUUAAAUAUAAUAAAUUUAGAUUGAGUAUA